AUGCCAGCGAAGAACCGCAAAUUGGAAUUCUUCGACCCUAAUAAAUCCGACUCCAACGACGACGAUUUCUCCCCUUCCGAAGUCGCUCCUCGAAAGACCCCUAGAAAGCCAAGGUCUCAAUCGCAAAAGAAAGCAGGUUCGCGAAAAAAGAAUAAAUACAAGGAUUCAGAUAUUGAUGAGGAUGAUGAAAGCGUAUCGGAGGAAUCAUUCAUAGAAGAAGAAUCCGAGGAAGAAGAUUUCGAAAUGAACGAGAAGACUGGAAGAGCUGUGCGGAAAGCUGCCAAGAAAGCUGUCACUUAUGAAGAGGAUAGUAAUAGUGAGGUUGAUUUGCUCCAGGAAUCCGAGGAAGAGGUCCGUCCGAAGAAGUCAAAUAAGCGAAGGCGCGUUGUAGACGACGGCGAGGACGAGGACGAAGAUGAAGUCGAGGAGCCCACUUCGAAGCGAAACAAGACAGCGCAGAAACCAGCAGAAAAGAAAAAAUUCAUGGUGACACUUAAGAUGCCAACCGGAAGUACACCCGCGCGAAGAACAAGAGCUGGUAGCGCCGCAAAAGCUCGAGCAAGCGCAGAGCCUACAUCUGCUGGACUUAGAAGGAGCACUCGCGCGCGUACCGAGGAAGGUGAAGAUUUUCCUUCAUUAUCAAACUCCGGCAGACAUGUCAUUCGGGCUUCGAGAUCACCAGAGCCGAUUGGUCGCGUGAGAGCCACUAGAGGAGCGAAGGGCCUCAAACAACCUGCUGCCUCUACUAUCAAAGAAGAGGCACACGAGACGAGCUCAUACGAAGACCCCCAACAAGACGCCGAAGGCGAAGACGAUAUUGUAAUGCAGCCUGAGAUAGUAGGAACAGAUGAUGGAGAGGAAGAUAAUACCGAGCCAUUUGUACCUGUUCCCCCUGUUGAUGCGCCGGCCGAUGAAGAUAUGGUGGACGAACUCGCCGUUGAUGAAGUGCCGACAGAAAAACCAGCCGGCCAUGAUGAGGAUGACGACGAUGAACCAGUCACAAGGACUCGCACAAGAGCCUCUAGGUCAAGUAACGCGGGCCAAAUUACAGAAGAAGCAGUAGAGACAACCGAAACUUCAGCUACUGGUUCUCGACGCCUGAGAACUCGAGGUUCGAAGAGAAACAAAGAUGAUGGAAGUGAUUUUACGCCUGAAGGCGAAGGUUCCGAGGAAGAGAUGACUGCAUCUGAAGCCUCGCCAAAGAAAGGCGGGGAUGAUGAUGGCGAAUAUUCUAGCUCCUCUAGGCCUGGAAGGAAUACAAGGCGAGCAAAGUCCAAGAGCACUUCUCGAAGACGUGGUAAUGUAUCAGACGACGAAGAUGAGUUGGACCCGGAAGAAUUGGCAGAUGAGCUUCAAGAGCUCAGGCCAUCUCGACGACGCAAUCGCGAACCGGAAAUCACGUACGAGCCAAAAGGCCGUCGUGAACGGAAGCAAGUCGACUACAAAAUUAUGCCAAUGGACCAGAUAUACGCUCAAGAUGACGACGUAGAAGACCCAGCACCGAGUCCAUCCCGUAGAGGUCGUGGCGGUCGUGGGCCGGCAAGCAAACCAUGGGAACACAAUUUACAUGCCACAUAUGGUCCGUUUGGAGGUGGACUUGGACCACCUCCGCUUAUUAAUGGUCCUUGGGGUAAUGGUGCUACUGGUGGUGUUGAUUCGGACGAUAGCGACGACGAGAACAUGCAACGUCCAGCUGUUACCGGUGUUGGUAUGACACCUACCUCUGCCACUAUGGGAAGGCCUGGUUUGCUUCCACCUAUGCCACAAGCAAAUCAACUUGAUCAAACGCCAAUCGGAAUCGGUGCGCAGGUAGGAAAAGUCAAAAGUCAGAAAGCCCUCGCAGAUGCAGACCCUCUCGGCGUUGACAAAAAUGUUGAUUUUACCAAAGUCGGUGGACUUGAUGGUCACAUUGAACAGCUCAAAGAGAUGGUACAAAUGCCUCUAUUGUAUCCCGAACUUUUCCAAAAGUUUAACGUGACACCCCCACGUGGUGUGUUAUUCCAUGGUCCACCAGGUACUGGUAAAACCCUUUUAGCCAGGGCCCUGGCAGCCACUGUUGGUACAGGUGGUCGCAAAGUCACCUUCUAUAUGCGAAAAGGUGCUGAUGCUCUAAGUAAAUGGGUUGGUGAGGCCGAGAGACAGCUUCGAUUGUUAUUUGAAGAGGCGAGGAACACCCAGCCAAGUAUCAUCUUCUUCGAUGAGAUUGACGGUCUUGCUCCUGUCCGAUCGAGCAAGCAAGAGCAAAUUCAUGCUUCUAUUGUUUCCACGCUCUUGGCACUCAUGGAUGGUAUGGAUGGUCGAGGGCAAGUCAUUGUCAUUGGAGCAACAAACAGACCCGACAACAUUGAUCCAGCAUUGAGAAGACCCGGUCGAUUUGAUCGAGAAUUUUACUUUCCAUUGCCUGAUAUUGAAGGUCGAAAAUCAAUCAUCAACAUUCAUACUAAGGAUUGGGGUAUUGAUGAUUCGUUCAAGACUUCUCUGGCUCAAGUUACCAAGGGAUAUGGUGGUGCUGAUCUUCGUGCUCUAUGUACACAAGCUGCCCUCAAUUCUAUUCAGCGUUCAUAUCCUCAAAUAUAUUCUUCUAAUGACAAGCUUCUUGUGGAUUCUUCGAAAAUUAAGGUUACGGCCAAGGACUUCAUGAUAUCGGUCAAGAAGAUUGUACCAUCAUCUGAACGUUCAACUUCUUCCGGAGCCAAACCAUUACCAAAGAGUGUGGAGCCUCUACUUCGAGAACAACUCAGCGCAAUCGAAGAGAUUGUUGAUAAUCUAAUUCCCAUCAAGAAGAAGACAACCGCAUUGGAAGAAGCAAUGUAUGAACAAUAUGACGAUGAUGAUCAAGGAUUUGCUCGAGAACAAAUGCAGCAAGAGUUUGAAAAAUCACGAGUGUUUCGCCCAAGAUUACUCAUUGACGGCGAGCCUGGCAUGGGUCAAGGAUACCUCGGCGGUGCCUUGUUGAAUCACUUCGAGGGAUUACAUGUCCAGAGUUUCGAUCUUCCGACUAUAUAUUUAGAUUCUACUAGGUCGCCGGAGACAGCUAUCGUUCAAUUGUUUGCCGAAGUCAAACGCCAUAAGCCAAGCGUUAUUUACCUUCCAGAAAUUGACACUUGGUAUCGUACACUUCCAGAGAAUGUGAUAACUACGUUUCUUGGACUUCUCAAUGCUAUUCCCCCUACAGACCCUGUUUUAGUGCUCGGCAUAACAAAUGUCGGCCCGGAUAAAGUAAAUCCGCAAAUGUUGCGCAAUAUAUUUGGGUUUUCAAAACGAAACCACUUCACCAUCAAUCGACCGUCAAGGAAAUCGCGAGAGGAAUUCUUCCAGAGCAUUAUUUCGUACUGCCGAAAAGCACCAACCGAGUUUCCUGACCCAGCCAAUCGUAAGAAGCGUAAGCUAGAACCGCUUGAGCUGGCUCCACCACCGCCGCCGCCAAAAGGACCUUCCAAAGAGGAAAUUAAGGCAAGAUUAUUGGCUGAUCGCCAUAUAUUGAAUCUCUUGAAAGUGCAGAUUCAGCCCAUCAUGGAUCAGAUCCAUAGAAGGUAUAGAAAGUUCCGACAACCAAUUCUUCCACAAAAUCAGAUCCAAUACCUCUUGGACGAAAAGGAUCCAAAUUUUGUCCGUCCAGAUGUACCUCAGUUCCGACCAUUUGAAUUGGCUGUUGACAGAAAAGGAGUGCAAUGUCUUCGUGAAACUGCGACCGGGAAGAUCUGUUACAAUCUAGAUACCACAAUAAUCGAGGAACGGCUAGUCAAUGGUUUCUACGCUCGACCAAAAGACUUCGUGUUCGAUAUCAAAACUCUUGUUAGAGAUGCCAAAGCUUUUGGUGAUAAAGAUCGACAGCUCAGGGCCAAGGAAAUUCUUGCUAAUGUUGAAGUUGAUCUUUACGCGAUGGAAUUUGAUCCUAAGUUUGCUGAUUGCGAAAACUUAUAUCAACGACAAUUACAACGGGCUAAGGAAGCAGAGGAAGCAAGUAGGAAGAAGGGUCGAGAGCUAGAACUUGGGAUAGAUUUAGUGCAUUCAGAUAUCUUCUCUGAAGAAACGAGCUCGAGAGCAAUAAACUUAAGCCAAGCUAUUCCUGGUCGACGCCCGGUCUCUGAUGUUCCAGCUUUCCAAACCCCUAGCGCUCCGCUCUCCAACGGUCACUCAAUAGUUUCAAGCUCUCAGCAGCCUACAGUCAAUGGAUCUUCUGUACCGUCCAGAGCAAGCGGUGAAGAUAUUAUGAUAAGCGGGACAAACGACAAUGCUUCCGAUUAUUCCCAGGGCUCUCCUGCUCUUCCUCGUCAGCAAUGGCCACCCAAGAUAUCAAUGGCUCCUUCGAGCAGCUCAAACCGUGCCACUGGGUUCAACUCUCAGAGAUCUGCUUUCCAGGAGAUUUCACAUGACGCAUCUCUAAAUGCAUUGAUCAACAACGCUUCGCCAACAACUUCCGGAAAGAAAACAUCAGAGACAACGACCUCUAAGAGGGCCUCGAGUAAUUGGAGUACACAAGCUACGAACGGUACUCGUCCAGGUGCUUCAAGUCCGAUAGACGGGCAAAGACCAGACGCUGACCUUCCGGAAACGCAGCGGCUGUCACAGAAUUUAAGCACGCAAACCACAAAUGUGGCCGAGGGAGAGAAAAGUAGCGGCGAGGAGUGGCUUCAUUCACAAGCACAUGCUCUUGCACGCGGUCACCUUGGAUUUCCAUCCCAGACACCUAGCACACACAAUUCACAAGAAAGGCCACCUGUACCACACUUUGAUGCUCCCUCACGGCCAUCUGCAUUCAAGCCUUCUCAGAGUAGCGGCGCGGCUGAUGACUCGCUAAUUGAAGCCAACUAUACGCAGUCAUCUUCGCCAAAGGAAUACAUCAUGACAGAAUACUAUGCAAUUGAACUAUUAGAAAAAUUCACAGAUGGAUCAAGCGGUUGUUCGAUUGAACAAUUGGAACAAAUUUACCGUGAGUUAAUGGACUAUAUAUGGAAGAUGAGAGGAGAGUGGAACAGGAAUCAAAUUUGCGUUAGAUUGACUGGUGUUUUCAAUGAAACCAUAUUGGAUAUCGAGGCAAUGCAAAAGGUUUCAAAACCGAGUCAGGAAGACCACCCGGAAUCACUUCGCUCGACUCAGGAGUCAUCGUAG